GAGGACUCUGAAAAUGUCCCCAAACAUGACCUACGAUGCUCUCCCGUCUCUUUCUCCAAGGCUGACUGUGGCCAAAAGGAAAGAGGCUCUGGAGUUGAGAAAGACAAUGAAACCACUGAUGGAAAAACGACGGCGCGCUCGCAUCAACGACAGCCUGAACCACUUGAAAACCCUCAUCCUUCCUCUUACAGGCAGAGAUACAAAUCGCUACUCCAAGCUGGAGAAAGCUGACAUCCUGGAAAUGACCGUUAAGUUCCUCAGUGAUAUUCCUCCUGUUAACGCCAAAGGCUCAGCAGACAGUUACAGAGAAGGUUACAAAGCCUGCCUCCAGCGCGUCUCCGCUUUGCUUCCUAAAACCAACCUGGAUCAAGAGGCGUGCCACCGAGUCGAGGGCUUCGUGCAGAGGUCUAUGGCUAAGAACAGCGCCCCAACCUGCCUAAACUGCUGCGCCCAGAACGCCAGGGCUUUUCCUCAGCUCCACCAAAAGCUCCUGACUCUGAAAUCCUGCUUCAGCUCCAGCCUGGAGAGGCAGGCUCACAGCUGCGCUUCAACAGCAUCAGCUCCUAGCCGUGCGCAAUCAGGCCCGCAACCGGUCAGCGUUGCUGUGUGGAGACCCUGGUAGAUCUCUGAUGUUAGAUUCUUUAAAUACUGUAUUAUACUUCAUAGCGAUGUGUUAGAGUUUAAUCGAUUUACUUCUAAAUAUGUAUUGUUCUCCUGAAGUUAUUUUUAAGGUGCUUCGAUUAAGUAUCAUAUACUUAAGUUUUUUUUUUUGCGCGCAUGUCUGUUGUCUUGUGUAAGUUGACAAUGUUAGACAGUCGUAUUCUUCUUAAAUCCGCAGGUAUGUAUACGUUCGGUAUUUAGUCCUCCUUUUGGACUGAAUAAUGAAGGGCUAUUGAAACAGCCCUGUAAGACCCAAGGGGUCAUUAUGUGUACAGAUUUGCACAAAAGACUUCAGAGUUCUGAGUCAGUGCAGAUGGACCUUGUAGACAUUAAAUGUCUCUGUAAGAGUAUCUCUUUUGGGACGAGCUGUAAUUAUGCUGUAUGCAGCAUCUGUUGUGUAUAUGAUGUAAAUAAACAAAAACUACGAU